AUGUCUUUUAAAAAGAUAGCCAUCCUCAAAAGUUCAGAUCUGAAGGUUUCUCUUGUUUUACAGCGAUGCGUGUGGCACUGCGGCGGCGGCGGCCGCAGCGUGAGAGAAGCGGCGGCGAUGCACUACCGCGCCGUGUGUCGCGCGCUCGUCGCCGAGGCUUUGGAGUUGGCGUCGUUCCUCGCCAGGGUGCGAGUGGGCGGUGCUAGGGACCUAGGGGCUGCUGAAGACUCCGCAACACAUCUGGACACGUUGAAGUUCUCUGACUGGGCGCGGUUUUGGAUGCAAGUGAUCGGAGAACUGAGGAUGGGUGUAAAAUUAAAGAAAGUAAAUUAUUCAAGGACUCCAAUAGAAUAUGAACUGACCCCGUACGAAAUUUUAAUGGAUGAUAUCAGAUCUAGAAGAUACACACUGAGGAAGGUGGAUGGGGCGAUACCUCAAAACGUGAAGAAAGACGCACAUGCCAUGAUACUCGAAUUUAUUAGAAGUAGACCGCCACUGAAAAAGGCAUCAGAACGAAAACUACCACCACCACGGCGGGAGACCACGCCAAGAGAACAGCUGCUCGCCUCGAUACAGGUCGGCCGGACGCUGAGGCCGACGCCGUACUCGAGAAGAUUAUCAACGAGUGGGUCCGGCAGCGGGCCUGGAGGGGGUGAGGCGCGGCGCGGGGGUGACGUCACGCCGCACGCGCAACCUCAGAGGCGGCUCAUCAAAGUCGACUUCGACAACCUUGAGGAUGACGAGGACGACGAUGACACUGAAACCUGCGCAAGCCCAGAAGUCCUCGCACCCCAGCCCUUUCCGAGGCACACGGCGCCUCAGCAACCCGCACCUAAGCCUUGGAAGAGAACCGCAUACGACCUGGCGACGCAGUGUCCUUCCCGUCGCGCCUCCAUGCGUCGGCACACCGUCACGCACGCGGCCUGUCCUCCCACCGACGGCGCUCAUUCGCUGCCGCACUCAAGGCCAGGCUCCCGCGCGUCGUGCGCCGGCGCAGCGUCGCUCGCGAGCAGCGACGCGGACGCGCAGCUCGGCGAACUUUCGUGGUCGCGCUCGUCGCUACAAGACGAGCUCAUCAAGUCGGUUAGUGGCAGCCCCACGCACGGCUCGCAUAAGCAAUGGCAAGACGCGAUCAUGUCGGACGACCGGCUGUCGUUGACCCUGGAGGAGAUCGUCCACAUCAGGUCGGUGCUCACCAAGGCCGAGCUGGAGGUGCUGCCUGUAGAGGGCAGGGUCAAGGAGGACGUAGAGAAGAGGAGGGUAUGCUUCCUAUGUUUGAAGACUAGAUUCGGCAUUUUUGGCCCCUGGGGUCAGAAGUGCAAACUAUGCAAAAAGACUGUCUGUCAAAAGUGUUGUUCAAAGAUGCGGAUACCGACGGAGCACUUCGCACACGUGCCAGUGGUUCUGCUGAGUCCGUCGCUGCUCCCGUCGCCGGAGGACGAGCACUCCUCCUUCCCGAGGAGCCUCAUGUCCCGUUUGGUCUCGCCCGAGCACACGAGCAUGGUCGAGAACAGCGUGGGCAGCGCGCCCAACAGCCCGAGCAGCGCGCGGCGGCACGCGUCACACGCGCACAGCGCGCCGGGAUCGCGCGGCGGGUCAGCGCUCGGGUUCAGCGAACCCGCUCACGCUGCUGUCAUGUCCCGCAGCAUCGAUGGGCCUGGGAGCAUGCCGUUGCAUCUGGCGCCCGUGGACCGCAGCCGAUCGCGAUACAGUCGAACCACCCCCGGCGUGUCAGCAGCGGAGCGGCUUCGCGGCGUGCAGAUGGCGGUAUGCCACGACUGCAAGGCCAUGGUGCUGCAGAUCAUCAAGAGCUCCCGUGCUGCCCGCUCGGCUUCCCGCGACCGUGCUCUGAGACAUCUCACGCUGGACCUGGCACCUGUAUAUACGGCUGACUGUUGAACGCACGAUUUGCAGCCUAUAAGCUCUUCUACAGCCUAAAAAAAUUUGUUGGUCGAGCGCUCGUUUGGGACUCAAAAAGCUAUAGUGUUCUUCUCCGAAUCCUCUGCGACCUUGCGCUCAGACAUCUCACGUUGGACCUGGCACCUGUAUACACGGCUGACUGCUGAACCCUGUCAAGGAACCAUUAUACGCCUGUUCUACAGCCUAAGCUCUUAAGGACUGUUGGUCGAGCGCUCGUUUGGGACUCAAAAAGCUAGUGUUCUUCUCCGAAUCUUCUGCGACCUUGCGCUCAGACAUCUCACGCUGGACCUGGCACCUGUAUAUACGGCUGAUUGCUGAACGCUGUUGGGGAACCAUUAUACGCCUGUUCUACAGCCUAAGCUCUUAAGGACUGUUGGUCGAGCGCUCGUUUGGGACUCAAAAAGCUAGUGUUCUUCUCCGAAUCUUCUGCGACCUUGCGCUCAGACAUCUCACGCUGGACCUGGCACCUGUCUACACGGCUGACUGCUGCUGUUAGGGAACCAUUAUACGUCAGUUGUACAGCCUAAGCUCUUAGAAUCUGUUGGUCGAGCGCUCGUUUGGGACUCAAAAAGCUAUGUGUUCUUCUCCAAAUCCUCUGCGACCUUGUGCUCAGACAUCUCACGCUGGACCUGGCGCCUGUAUAUACGGCUGAUUGUUGAACACUGUUAGGGAAUCAUUAUAUGUCAGUUCUACAGCCUAAGUUCUUAAGGACUGCAAGGCCAUGGUGCUGCAGAUCAUCAAGAGCUCCCGUGCUGCCCGCUCGGCUUCCCGCGACCGUGCUCUCAGACAUCUCACGCUGGACCUGGCACCUGUAUAUACGGCUGACUGUUGAACGCUGUUAGGGAACCAUUAUACGCCUGUUCUACAGCCUAAGCUCUUAGAAUCUGUUGGUCGAGCGCUCGUUUGGGACUCAAAAAGCUAGUGUUCUUCUCCGAAUCCUCUGAGACCUUGCGCUCAGACAUCUCACGUUGGGCCUGGCACCUGUCUACACGGCUGACUGCUGAACGCUGUUGGGGAACCAUUAUUACGCCUGUUCUACAGUCUAAGCUCUUGGUUGAGCGCUCGUUUGGGACUCAAAAAGCUAUAGUGUUCUUCGAUUCCUCUGCGACCUUGCACUCAGACAUCUCACGCUGGACCUGGCACCUGUAUACACGGCUGAUUGCUGAACGCUGUUAGGGAACCAUUAUACGCCUGUUCUACAACCUAAGUUCUUAAGGACUGCAAGGCCAUGGUGCUGCAGAUCAUCAAGAGCUCCCACGCCGCGCGAUCCGCUUCCCGCGAUCGCGCUCUCAGACACCUCACGCUGGACCUGGCACCUGUAUAUACGGCUGAUUGUUGAACGCACGAUUUCUGCAGCCAAGCUCUUAGAAUCUGUUGGUCGAGCGCUCUUUUGGGACUCUAAAUUGCCUCAAUAAAAACUUGGUGUUCUUCUUAGAUUGUGUCACGUAUACGCUGCCACUGAAACUCAGGUGCUCUUCAAGAUCUUUUAUUCAGCUACUCGUUUGGGACUCACACAGGGUCAUAUUGGAAAGGUGUUUUUCCAAGAUAUUUUGAUACUUCUAUGGCGACAUACCGGAACUCUGCCUGACGUAUGAUUUAAAACAAAAAUAUCUUUUAAAAACAUCUUCCAGAAAUUUCUUGUUCAGCUGCUAAGACGAAAUAAGGCUCGGGUAUUCUCACGAAACUAUUUCAAGUCAGGUCAAAGCAAACGUCUUCCCUAUACCACGUGACAAACUAUUGCAGCAUGAUAAAUAACUGAAAAAAAUCAAGCUCGACUAUUCGUGCGGGAUGAGAUAGCUUGAACGACAUCAGGUACUCGUUUUGGGCGACUGGGGGCCAAAAAUAUUAUUUCGAUGGGAAGAACACUACCAGAUUUAUGCAUAAUGCAUUACGUAGUUUAAACUUAACUGAACAAAAAUACAUAUUCUAACGAACAAAGCCUACAAACAGUUUAGAAGCUAAUAAAAUUCAUAACAUGUUGCCAAGUUUUACGAACCAACUCAUUGAUGAAUUUUACCCUAAUUUGACAUUGACUAAAAUAUUCUUGACAUGUUACUAAUUAAUUAUACUUUUGGCUUUUAUCGGCAACAUGAUAAUGAUAAAUUGUGAUUCAUAAGAAUUUAGAAUUCGACCUUAUUAACAAACAUUAAAUUAAUUUUACAAAUGCACUAAUAAUGAUAAAUAAAUGUACCUAGUUCUUCUUUAGACCGCCCAGACGAGAGUGCAGCCCUAACACAGUUUGGAAAAUAGAUCUGAAUACUUUAAUAUGCCUUGUAGUACAGUCUGCAACGAAGCAUACAAUUUUACCAAAAACUUGCGUUAAAAUUUUGUUGCCGACUGUACUCAUUAUGAUUGUCAUACGACUAAUGGGUGGAAAGGGACUCAAGAGCUUCCAAGGUUGUGUAUCUGUCUUGUGGAUAUUAAGGGCGGACCACUUCGUUUUAAAGUAGACAACAGUAACACUGGUAUGACGCUGCAACUCGUGGAAACUAAAAUAAUGAUCGGACACUUUCCAAUAUCCCCUUCACUAGAAAAUACCUAUCAAAUACUCCUUAAAUUAAUUAGUUAGGUGAAUAUACAAUUAGCGUAGAAAAGGAUACAAGAUCAAUGUGUUAGCUUCCACCACUUGCAGCUGGUUACUGGUGCUACAAAACUUUUGACAAUACUCUUUGACAGACACGAUUACCACAUUACCUACUUUUAUUUAUCGCACAAAUGAUAUUAAAAACUGUUACAAUUAAUUAUUUACUCGGGUACUUUGUACCAAAAGUCAUUCUUCUAUAUUAAAAUUUAAAAAGUAUAUGUAAUAAUGAUAUAUUCCACGAAAUUAAUAUUUUCUCACUGUAUUAUAAUAGAUGUAUUUAUAUUUUUCCCGAAUGAUAGUAUGUUUAAUAUGUCUACAAUUUGAAUGUAAAUCAAGAUAAUCUGUGUUCAAGAAAUUGAUGUACUAUGGAUGUUAUUGUAUUAUGAAUAUUUAUAUGAAUGUUAAAACUUCAUGUAGGCUCUGUGUAACAUAGACUUUCAAACAUAGUUGUGAAGUAUACCACCAUUUCCCCCCUUGACUAUGUCCCCUUAAUUUUUCCUUAAAACUGUAAAGCUGGGUUCAUAAUUUUUUUUUCCAGUUGAUACUUAGACACAAAAUUAACUUUACAAUAUCCUGUUUGUGAACCGGUUUUAAGUUGUUUUAAUUUUCAAAUGACAUUUAUUGAAAAUUGAUUUUGUUUCAAAUGAUUACAAAGGUAAGUUUUCUGUGCCAUAAAUAAUAAAAUUGUUUAAUCAUUUCCAUGUAUUUCCACCUGCGACUAUUUAUUGCUUACGUUAUUUCAUUUGGUCGCUGUUUAUCGUGUUACAUUUUUUUACUCGAUUUACUGUUUGCAUGGUACUACAUCUUAAAUUACUUAUUCAUAAAAGUAAAAAAAAAAAAAACAGUUCAAUGUUAUUAAUUUUUAGUUAUUCUUUAUAGGAAAAACAACGGGCCAUAAUAUUACUAUCCAUUAUUUAUUUUUGUAAUGAUCAUGAUCAAAUUGAGCUUGCUGUAUGUUUUCAAUCACCAUGUCAAAAGAUUGUCAAUGUACACCCAGCUCUAUCUAAAGUCUGAUUAAGUUGAAGCGUGUUGUUUAUCCUUUAUUUGCUUGUUUGAAAUUACGAGUAUCGCCCAUGGUUCAUUCUACUUAGGUGUAGUUAAAUUAUUUUGCCAAAUAUAAAAACCCUUCCCAUGAUUUCUUGUAAAUAUAGAUAAUUACGUUAAAAUUAGUGUCAUCCUUUAAUCGGUUACUUAAUCCUAUUUAGAAAUAAGUUUCAAUGUUUAUACAUUAAAAAUCCAUAGAUUUACAGCAUUUCAUAAGCUGAAGUGUCCCUUCGAUGUUUCCCUCCGUUCAAGUUUCAUAGUUUAUACCUUUACAUUCCAUGUUUAGCAAAACCAUAGACUAUUUUAAUUUGUAUUAAAAACAAACGAAAUCAGGCCUAAUCUUUAUUUUUGGCAGCAAAUUCUUAUGUAUAAUAAGUUUGGCAAUGUUUCUAAUCUGGCAUUUAAUAAAUUAUUUAUUCAAAAUUAUGUAAUAAAUGAAAUUGUGUAAAAAAACUAAUCCCAGUUACGAGUAUUUGUAAAUGUGUGUAAAUUUUAGUAGUCUAUAUUAGAUGUUACGUAGAUUGUACACGUCUAAAGCAUAUUAUAAAGUAAAAAUAAAAAGAAAUAAAUAUGAACGAUAAUAAAAAAUCAUUACAAAUCGUUGUUGUAUUGUUUUAUUAACGCCUACUAUUUCACACUGCUUGUUUUAUUUAUACUUUAUAUGAAUCUAUUUGAUUGAAUACAGUUGUAUUAAAUGAAAU